AGGCAGUAAAUCUAUAAAGGUGUGUAGUCUGGCUGCACAGGUAGCCAGUAAUAAGCCUGAUCCUUAGGCUGAAGUGGAAACAGAGCGCCAGAGCCUGCUCGGAAUAACCGGCCUAACAUGCGCACGGAGGUUUGAUUCACCGAGGUCUGCUACAGAGUCACACCAGCGGUCGAACGAGGUCACCGGCAUGUACCCCAACCCUCAGUCGGUGAGACACCCGGCUCAGGCGCUGCCCCUGAACAGUCAGUACAUCUCACCUUCGUAUGACUUCGCCGGGUAUCAUCAUCACGUCUCUGGAGUCGGUGACUUGUCCGCCAGCGCCUGGAACUCCGUAUACAGCAGCCGGGAGGAGUAUCCGUACAGCUUCGCGGGUUCGAGCCCCAGCGCCGCCCAGGUCACUUUUACCUCCCCGGAGCUGAGCGGGGCGCCUUCCGCCGCUGGAGAGGGGUCCCUCACCCCCUACAGCUUCAUCCCCGGGCAGGACCCCUUCAGCUCCAGGAGGAGGCCCCAUGACUCCACCAGACAGACACUUUCAGGAGGGAAGACUCGCACUAAAGACAAGUACAGGGUUGUGUACACCGACCACCAACGGAUGGAGCUGGAGAAGGAGUUUCAGUACAACCGCUACAUCACCAUGAGGAGGAAGUCGGAGCUGUCGAUGGCACUCAGCCUCUCCGAGAGACAGGUGAAAAUAUGGUUUCAGAACAGACGUGCCAAAGAGAGGAAGAUCACCAAGAAGAGGCUGCAGCAAUCCCAGCAGGCUUCCACAACUACACCUACCCCACCUGUGCUGGGUGGAGUCACCGACACCCACAACACCACCAGCCCCAGGAGCGACGUUUUGUCAGAUAUAAAGUCGGAGGAAUACUAGGUGGAUCUCACACUGAGGACUGAUACAGUAUCUGAUAUGUAAAUAGUGUUUUGUUUUUUUUUACCACAGAAUGAAUGAAGGUGAUUCACACUGACAUGGUGUUUAAAUGCUGCACCUCGUCUACUUUACAAAGACAAGCACCACAUGUCUGUCGCACUGAUCAUGUUUAGCAGGCAUUUGCCAAUCGCUGUACUGCUCUGAGUUACUAUAAAUCAUUUUCAACAUCAGGCUACAAUUUAAAAUGUCACUAAUGAUGCAUAUGUGUCAACUUUAAGAACUGUUUAUAGAAGAACAGUGAAUUCUCAUCUUUAGAACUUCCCUCUUUAAUGUAAAGAAAGAAGGAAGAAUGCUGAAAUUUCUGAGAAUGUUGCUUAAAAGAGCAACAGCGCACGUUAAUGUGUGGUCAAGUUUCUGCUACACGAAUAAGAGAAGAGGAUUAGCGUGUCUUUUUCUCUCUCUGUUUGCGCUAAGUGCAUGUGGGAAUAUGUAGAAAUAAAUAGGAAUAAUGCAGAUCUAGUUAAAUCAAAACAUAGCCCCACCUAUUACUUACUUUGUUAGGGAAGUAAACUGCCACUAAUGUGCGUGUUUAUGGCAACUUGCAUUUGCAGGAAGUUGAAACCGAGUGUGUUUCUGGUAAUGAAAGAAGGGGAGAAAUCAUAUACAAUGGUUUUAAAGUUCUAUCUGUUGAAAUAUUGAUGUAGGAUAUGUCAUGGAAAUGCAUCAUUCAAAAACUGUACACCAAUGGGUUUCAGCUCAGAAGGCAACUGUACAUAGCAUAAGUGAUGGGGUGAGUGCACAGAAGUGAUAAUGAAUACUAAGAAACAGCAAGGGGACUUUGACUUAAAAGUCAGUUUUUUAUUUAGGUUUUAGCUACAACACUGUGAUAACAGCAAAAAAAAAAAAAAUAGAACAUGCUAAAAAAAAAUUGACCAUGGAGUGAGAUGUUCAGACAGCAGGGUUAAGCCACAUCCUGAAAAACAGCUGCAGAUUGCUCAACCACAUGACUCGUGAUAUGUAGUCAUUAUGCCACUUAACCCAGAGAUUCAGCCUCGUCAUGAACCUGGAAGACUAUUUUAAGUGAAGAAAGCCCCUGCUGCUCUAGUUUUUUGGGACUUACUGUCUCUAUAUAUGAAAUGUUAAUGUAUGCACUAUACAUGUGACAAAAGUUGGCACACUUUGAUGUGUUCUUCUUGUCUUCUCCCAAGAAGAGGAAGAAGAAGUGGUGUGCAAAAUUUAGCACUGGAGGAUAACUUUUUUUUCAAAAUAAACCACUGAACCACCAACUUAGUGCAAUGUACGCAAUUAUGCGAUCAAUCUUUGCAGAGAGAGGAUGCCCAUGUUUACUCUUUCGACACGCUUGAUAGUUUGUGCUGGUUUAUAUACUGCACAUUAUAUAAAAAGCAGCUCAGCACAGAGGUUUUAUUGAUGGAGUUAUAUUUUGUGUUCAUUAGCGUGGACCAAAGUAACAAGCUGUGGGUCCAUCCGCUUUAACUCCACCACAAGUUUCUGAAACAUUUCCACAGAGAAAAACGUCCUGUCUACUGAUGAAGAAAUGCGCCGAUAGAAUAGAGCUCUACCGACCAUUAAGUACAUUCAUUUAAUGAGAUUAUGGCCCAAGAUGACCUCAAUCUUGUAUCAUUCACUUCUAUUAAAUUCUAAAAUAAUA